CCUCUUCCUCGAGUCUUAUAUUGCCUCUCAACCGCGCGGCCAGGCGCAAUCCUUUGAACUGCACGGCUCGAGCCUUUUGAAAAGCACAGCUCGACUAGGCUUACAGAACACUCCUUCAGUAUUGCGCAUUUUGACUCUGUCCUGGCUGGCCUUGGACAUUGUUCAUCGUCUCUCCUUCAAUUGUAUAAUACGCGCUGCUUAUAUCACGGACCUCGCUUCAAUUGCGGUCUUCUAGAACCCAACCACUAAUUCAUACUCACUACCCAAUCGACGACUGUCAACUUGCUUGGUGCGAGAAUGGCUUCCACUACUUUGAUGACGUUCCUCCUCUCCACCCACCCUCAUGUUCAAUCGGUCAAGCUGCUGGGGUCAUGGGAUAACUUUUCACAGCCCUAUAUCAUGGAGAGAGAUAAGCGUGUUGGUGCGGGGCAGUGGCGAGGAUGUCACACCUUUAGUAACAUCGUCUGUGAUGGCUCGCCAACGCACAUCAUGCCAGCACGCUCCGGAGGACUCAAAAUGGGCGGUACUUACUGGUACUAUUACUUGCUGGACAAUGAUGUAGAAUAUUAUAAUGAGGCAGAGCCUGUGACAACUCACUGUCCUCUCCUUCCGGGUCAACCAGUCAAUGUUCUCAACGUCCCAGUCAUCCUCCCGGAUACAUUUCCCACUCAUACACAUGCGAGGAGUCCGAGCUCACAGAAGGCGGAUCACCGAACCAUGAACCCCGAAGACAAGUACAUGAAUCCUCGACAGCCACCUAAGCCAAAGCUCCCCCGUCUUCGCACGUCUCCUCCUUUGUUGCAACAACCGGCUCCGGCUUGGUCAUUCAGCACAUCUCCUCUCGGUAUCAUCACUCACAGAGGCGCAUCGCAGCCCAGUAGCGCAACUCCAAAGGCGAAGGGCCUGGACGCACCGAGAGCAGCCGGAUGCAAAGCCGCUCGCUCCGUGUCGCCGCCUAGAUCAAGGGGUCUUCGCGCCGCCUUCCGACAUUGGAAUACAUCUUCACCCGAUCUCGGAUCCACAGAAGAUGACUGCCGGGCUAAUAAGCCCGCUGCAAAUCAUGGGCUCAAGGGUCUGUUUGGGAGGCAAGAAGAGCAUCCCUACCUCGCGGUCCAUCCGCCUGCUACUUUUGAGAGCUCCCCACUUGCUGCUCCCAGCAACGUUUAUCAACAUUCGACUGAUUCCAUCCGCACACCCGGGAACUCUGGAGAACGCCGCUCGGUGCCUUUGACAAUCCAGGACCGACGAGCGCUCAACUCAAAGAUUACAGAGAGUGGCUCUCACAGAACUCCUCUCACCGUGCAGACCAAACCAGGAAGCGAAAGUUCCGAUAAACUCCCGACUCGGGAGGGACAGCGGCAUAUAGUCAGAAGAUCACUUCCCAUGGAGUCACCAGCGAUGCUAUCGACAGCUAUUGGGCCCUCAACGUUCGAUCUUGCUACAACUCCAACCGGCUUCACGACCGAUGAGAAGAGACUCCCGACAUUGCCCAAUACGCCGUCAUCAGUCAUGGAUGAAGCGCUUCGGGACAUCGAUGAGCAAGAGAAGGCUCUCGAUCCUGAGGCUCUAGGCAGCCAUUUUUCGGAUUUCACCGAUACUGAGUCUGUGGCUGGCAGCUCCGUGUGUGAACGGAGCCACUUUUCGGAGUGGACAGUGGAUACGGAUGUUCUGUCUCCCAAUUCUAUGGCAUGCUCAAUCACUGUCACCCAAGAUGCCCAGGUACCUCCCACGAACGACUUCGCUGGUACAAUGGACUUCCUCAAAACUUCUAUACCUGCAGAUCUGAGUGAUCCAGACACACCCCAUCUUACAGUCAACUCCCAAUCAGCGGCCACUUCCAUCGCAGGUGAUUCGCCUCGCUUGGAUCUCCCUCUUCCUCGACUUUCCAUUUCAUUAUCCCCCUCUGAUCUUGACAUCCCCGGUCUUUAUAUCGAUGACGAAGAUCGCGUGGAAAGUAACCCCAAGCGACACGCUGCCUUUUUCGGCGCGGACGAGUCGAUCAAGGGUCUUGGCCUUUUACAGAGCCCCGACCCCUCGACGCUGCAAUUUCCCGAGGAUGUCACCAGCGACAAGACCCCCCGUAAUUCCCAAGGCUUGGCUGCACCCUGCAAGGAUCCUGAGCGCUUUAGCAGGGUUUCGUUACUGGGGCAAUCUGCAGCAAUGCGCGAAAUGAUGGAUGAGCUGAGCUAUCUGAAGCACAUGAUAGAUUCUGGCUCAGGUGCAGAAUUCUGAUACUAUUGAUGAAU